CCUUAUCGAGACUGCCGAAAAUAAGCCGCACGAUAAAUGCUCAUCAUGCCAAACCUAUUUCUUCCCCACAAAUAUCUUUACACAUCAGCUUAUUAUUAUCUCUUAUGAAUUGGCUCAGCAGUGCUAGACGAUACAUCACUACUUUAUCAUCGUAUAACUUUGCAAAUAAAGCUUUUUCAACUUUCAGAGCAACGAUGGCUACACACAAACUGUCAACCGCCGCAUGUCUCAUUAUCGGUGACGAGGUAUUGAAUGGCAAAAUUAGAGAUUCAAACUCUUACUCUUUUGCAAAGCUGUGCUUUGAAAUCGGAUUAGACCUGAAAAAGGUUUUGGUCAUUGGCGAUGAGGAAGACGAGAUUGCGGAGGCUUGCAGACAAUUGGCCGCGAACUAUGAUUUCGUCGUGACUACGGGAGGAAUCGGACCAACUCAUGAUGAUAUCACAUACCAGUCAGUUGCAAAGGCUUUCGAACUCCCUCUCGUUCUUCACGAAGAGACAGUUGAGCGAAUGAAACGACUCGGGCGUCGCAAGAUUGACCCCAGCGACACCGAGGCAGUCAAAGCACAGAUGCGCAUGGCUACCUUGCCAUGCGGCAAAGACGCGACCGAAACAGAAAUCACCUACACGGUCGAGAACUCUUGGGUUCCUGUGGUAUGCGUUAUGAGCAAGAUCUACAUCUUCCCGGGCAUCCCCCAGCUAUUCAAUGGCCUUCUGAAAGGCCUGCUGCCGCAGAUCAUCCCGCGCAUUCCGGAGUCGCAGCGGAAACAUCGGUUACUGGUCACUACCAAAAAAUCAGAGUCGGAGAUUGCUCAUUUUCUCACUGAAAUGCAGGCUAGAGCUGACGACAAAGAUAUAAAGAUCGGUAGCUACCCUCACAUGACGAUGGGAAUCAACACUGUAAGCAUCAUUGGCAAAGAGGAAUAUCUCGAUUACAUGCGUGAGCUCGUCAAGGAGACUGAAAAGACUCUUGAUGGAAAGGAGAUCAGCGUUGAGGAGGAGGCGAAGCUCAGCUUGACUUGAUCAAGGGAGAAUUAUUCAUGUACCGCUUAUUAAAUCUAUAGUAAAGCAU